GUGCAUCUGAACCUGCAUCAGUCCCACACACAAACACACACGCACACACACACACACCCCACUUCGUUGCUAUCCACGGGCGAGUCUCCCCACUCCAACCUGUCGAGCGGGAGGGUGUCGCCGCUGUCACACGCACAGAACUCGACGGACUUUAUGCACCAGUACACCGAAGCAGAGGCACUGCAGGACAGGCACGAGGCACAGGACGACCACUUCGAAGCCUACAGGUAG